AUGCGGGAGCGCCGAGCGUGCAAUAUUUUGAUCGCGGGCACCAAGGAAUCUGAGGCGGAAGAUGUGCAAAUACGCCAGAAACUUGAUGAAAAUGUGGUGAACAAUAUUAUUAGUAAUCUAAACGACGAAAUAUCCCCAGCUGAUGUGCUUAAAAUUAUAAGGCUAGGAAAAAGAGAAACAGGCAAGACUCGUUUGCUCAAAGUAGUGUUUAAGUCUCGCUUGGUAGCUGUCAAGGACCAAAACAAAAGUUGA